GUGCAGCCAAUGGGAAUUCUCGUAUGAGAACUUCCUGUAUGUUUGCUCCUCCUCCUGAAGUGUCAACAAUGGCAGCCGAGGGGGAUUUUCUGACGCGUUAUCGUGCGGUGUCAAAUAAACUGAAAAAACGUUUUCUGCGGAAGCCUAAUGUCGCCGAAGCAAGUGAACAGUUUGGUCAGCUGGCCAAGGAGCUCAAGCAACAGGACUGUCCUCAGUAUGCUGCCUUCUGUAAUCUCGCCAUGGCCCGCUGUGAGCAGACCCUGUUCAACGCUCCAGGAGAAGCCCUGGCUCUGACUGAUGCAGCCCGACUCUUUCUGGCCUCGGAGCAGGAAACCCGAGCGCUCAGGGCUCCCGGCUUCGAUGAGAAUAUGCAGGCAGCAAUGAACUGCUAUAGUUUUGCUAUAAAGGUCUAUAUUGAGAUGAAUCAGCCUGUUAUGGCGGCCAGUCUCUCACUGGAGCUUGGCAAUGCUCUGAAGGAGAUGAACAGACCCGGGGAGGCGGUAGUUCAUUUCCAGAGAGCCGCAGAACUGCAGAUUCAGACGCCAAUCGAGGCCCUGUUGUCACUGUGGGAAAUGGCCUCCUGCAAAAUACUGACCCGUGACUACGAUGGUGCUCUUGCUGUUCUCUCUGAGAUGCAGCACAUGUGUCAGGAAAGAGGACUACAGCUACCCGGCACAAACACCCCUGUCGGUGCAUUCAUGGAUAUCAUAGCAAAGUGUGAAAUCUCCAGGGUUUUGCUUCUUAUGCUGCUUGAGCCUCCCCCUCAAAAGCUGUUACCUGAGCAUGCUCAGACACUAGAGCGAUACGCCUGGGAAUCCUUCGACUCGCACAGUCAGGUAAACUUCCUUCCAGAAAAUGUGUUCCUCCUUUUGCAGUCGGUUGUGAUGGCCUGUCAGGAAAAGGACACAGAAUCUCUCAAGGCUCUCCAGAUCGAACUGUGGCCUCUCCUUUCGGCAGAACAGAAUCAUCUCCUCCACUUAGUGGUUCAGGAGCGAAUUACACCCUCUGGUCAGGGCAUAUGAUUCAGUUCAAUACACCCCCGCAGAACAGAUCUUAUUGGAACAUUCCCAUGCCAUUGCCUGGUGCAUUUUGCAUGAGGACUGUAGAAGGUCACUGAACCCAGCAGGGCUGCACAUACACGCAUGAAAAUCAUCUAAUAACAGAUUUUUUCAUGUCUCCUAUUUGAUUUGAAUGUACAUUUCAUUCUCUGAUUUUAUAUAUAUAUAUAUAUAUGUAGCGGUAAGAUGUUACGUCGAAAAGGUAAAUGAUUAUGUUGAAUCUUAUUUAAAGUUGUAAAAUACUGAUGUUGUAAAUAAUAAAAUAACAAAAGCGAUUCUUA